UCACCUACGUCCGAACAAUCCGUACUUGCUUGCUUACAUCCUGCUCCUCUAUGCAAAACAUUACAAAGUAGAUCAAUCUGUGAUUCUCGGUAAACGCAUGUCAAGUUAUUUAAGACCUUUCUCGAUUAUUAUUAACCCUGGAUGAACUGUUUCGCGGCGUAAUUUCGCCAGUGUGAACCCUCGAUCAGUGAUUAGUGCAGUUAAAAGUGCGGUUUGUUGACCAACAAACAUCCAAAAUGACCGUGAAAGAAAAUAAUUUAUCCGUAACUAGCAGGCGGUCGCCAUCUUUCUCGCCAGUUUUUCUCUUGUAAUUAUUAAAGAUUCAGUACGGGAUAAUGAUGGUUUUUGUCGAUUGAAGAUUUGUGCCCUCAAAGUGCCGCUAAUUGGACAUUUUCGUUUGAGGAUUGUUCACCCGACAAACUUCAGAUUCGAAUGGAGCGCCAACGGAAGUGGAGGCAUGGCAGAUAACCGGUGUUUCUCUGGAGGCGGCGCUGGAGUGAAGAUGGAGCAUUUCCAGGCGGCGCUCGACCCCCGGAAACAGGAGCUCCUGGAGGCGCGCUUCCUUGGCGCUAGGAUGUCAGCUGGAUCUCAGAUACAGAUGGCACCGCAGUCUACGAUCAACACAACCCAUCAACCCGUACAUAGCCAAGACUCCAAUAUGAGUACAGUUUUUCUUAAAGGUUCGUCUCAUAGCGAUAAAGAGGUGGACCCCAAUACUCCGGAGAAGGUGCCGAGAACUCCUUCCGAAAGGAAGAGGAAAAGAAAAGCCGACGACAGUGGCGGUGCGCCCGUAAAAGGCGUGCGAAACGCUACCUCGGAUAAAAAAAUUAAUGAUUACUUUAAACAUUCUGGAAAUAGUCCUAUUAGACACGGAGGGGCGAAAAGUCCGUCGCCUCAACAAACUCCUUACCCAAUGUUUCCUCCAUCACCUCAACAGGUGGGUCUGCCAUCCCCCCAAGUCACUACGGUUCCUUAUGAUUUUUAUAAACAACCGCCUCGGUUGCCCCUGCCUGUUAUGGUUAACAAACAAGUACAGACUGAAUUAACGUGUCAGAGGAUACAAGAGUUCGAGACGCAAGCGUCAUCGGAUCUCGAAGUUCGAAAUAACAAAAUUGAAGAACUGAAUCGGCAAAAUGAAGAAUAUCGACACCAAAUAUCAACCCAACAAAAAGCGACGGACCAACAUAAACAGCAAAUAAAUAAAUGCAUCGAGGUAGUAAAGAAACUGCUCAAAGAAAAAAGUUCGAUAGAGAAGAAAGAAGCACGACAAAAAUGUAUGCAGAAUAGGCUAAGGCUGGGACAAUUUGUAACUCAAAGGGUAGGGGCGACGUUUCAAGAAAACUGGACUGAUGGACACGCGUUUCAGGAGUUAGCGAGCAGGCGGCAGGAAGAAAUAACGGCGGAACGGGAAGAAAUCGACAGACAAAAAAAGUUAUUGUUGAAGAAGAGGCCUUCAAACAAUGAAAGUAGUAGGAAAAGAAAUAAUUCGAACGCUAUGCAUAACGGGACGGAUUCGGGUUUUUUGAAGCCAGAUGCUGUUCCCGGUUCUUUGACACUGCAAGAGUAUUACGAAGCUGACGAAAUCUUGAAAUUAAGACAAAACGCCUUGAAAAAGGAAGAUUCGGAUCUUCAAUUAGAGAUGGAGAAGCUCGAACGGGAACGUAAUCUUCACAUAAGGGAAUUGAAACGUAUUCACAACGAGGAUCAGUCUAGGUUUAAUAACCAUCCAGUGCUCAAUGAUAGAUAUUUGUUGUUAAUGUUGUUGGGCAAGGGUGGGUUUAGUGAAGUGCAUAAGGCUUUUGACCUUAAAGAACAGAGAUAUGUGGCCUGUAAAGUUCACCAACUCAAUAAAGACUGGAAAGAAGAUAAAAAAGCCAACUAUAUCAAGCACGCGUUAAGGGAGUACAAUAUCCAUAAGGCUUUAGAUCAUCCUCGUGUAGUAAAAUUAUAUGAUGUUUUUGAAAUAGAUGCAAAUUCCUUCUGUACAGUUCUAGAAUAUUGUGAUGGUCAUGAUCUUGAUUUUUAUUUAAAGCAGCAUAAGACAAUACCGGAGAGAGAAGCGAGAUCUAUAAUAAUGCAGGUUGUGUCAGCUUUAAAGUACCUGAAUGAGAUUAAGCCACCCGUGAUUCAUUACGAUCUCAAACCUGGCAAUAUUUUGCUCACGGAAGGUAAUGUCUGUGGCGAAAUCAAGAUUACCGAUUUCGGUUUGAGUAAAGUAAUGGAUGAGGAAAACUACAACCCUGACCACGGUAUGGACCUCACAUCGCAAGGAGCUGGUACCUAUUGGUAUCUUCCUCCUGAAUGUUUUGUAGUUGGGAAGAAUCCUCCGAAAAUUUCUUCGAAAGUGGAUGUAUGGAGCGUGGGCGUAAUUUUUUAUCAAUGUCUAUAUGGCAAGAAACCGUUCGGGCACAACCAAUCUCAAGCUACAAUUUUAGAAGAAAAUACGAUUUUAAAGGCGACAGAAGUUCAGUUUGCUAAUAAACCGGCAGUAACAAAUGAAGCUAAGAGUUUUAUUCGAAGCUGUCUGGCGUAUAGAAAGGAGGACCGUAUUGACGUUUUAUCACUAGCCAAACACGAAUAUUUGCAGCCCCCUAUGCCUAAACAUUCGAGAGUAGCAUCAAGUCAGCAGCAGCAGCAACAACAGCAGCAGCAACAGCAACAACAACAGGCGGGCUCGUUUUCGACGGGACUAUUUGGGGCAAUGAACGCCUCCUCUUCAUCUUAGUGCAGUGCUGUGUUUAUUUAAGUUAUUUAAUUCAUAUGUCUAAAAUACUACUCAUAAAAACGUACAUUAGUUAAUAAUUAUUGACGAUUUUAGUGGGACGCUGAAAUCAAGAUUGAACAAGUUGCGUGGUGAAAAUGUUGUUAUUUCGAGUGCGAAUGUUGUAAAAGACGCCCCGUGUGUGCGAUCUAAGGACUCCUUCAACUUCUUUCUCUUGUUGCUUACGCUUCCCUUCAAGGGUUUUUGUUAUAAAGGUUGAAUCGAACUAGAAUCUUAGUGUACUCUAAAGCAACACUGUUAUUUGUAUAACUCGCUCUCUCUGGCUAUUUUCCUCAUAUGUAUGGAUUAAACGCAAUAUUAUACAUAUAUGUGUACAUUUGGUUAAAUAUCUACCUUUAUAAUGAGAACCAAAGUCUCAGUCCAGUACAGCACAGAAAAAGAACAAUAGUCUGUAUGUUUUCUUUCUAAGCUAUAGUCCUAGAACAUUAUUAAGUUAUUUUUUGAAGUGACCUUGCUUUGUACUAUAGUGUGUAUUUGGUUCGCUGCGUCCUGUUUCCUCUUCAUUAAAUAGUGUAUCAUAUACAGAAGGCUCAUGUUUGUAUCCCCACAUAACGUAAAAAUGGUCGCUUAUUAAAUGAAAUUGAAACGUAUUUAAUAAGCUCAUUUUUUCCCAGCAGCUUUUUGAGACAUUUUUGUUAAGACAGGUUCGUUUUACACAUCUAAAAUUUACAUUGUUAGGGCGUAAAUAUUAGUAAUAUAUGAGAUUGAAAUCAAUAACCUCAAUAUGUUAAAUUAUUUAUGCGAUAUACAGUGGACGGCACUAACAAUAUUGUGAUUUUUACAUAAACGACAUUUUUUUCUAUUAUCGACAUGUACGAAUACAUAACUUUAUAUUUGUUAUUUAACCGCAGAUUUAUUGGUUUAUUCGUGGUUAAAAUGUGACGUUUUUUGAAAUCACAUUUGCCAAUUGUUAUCAUUCAUGCAAAGUGAUCUUGAAAAACAGAGGUCUUGAAAUCAAUUUUAUUAGAGGAAAAGAUGGUAGAAUUAUUAGCAGUAUAUAGUGUAUCAAAAUUUAUGAAAGAAUUUAGUUAAUCACCGUUUUUUAACUUGUAAUAAUGGUAGAAUCGGUAAUUGUUGCGGUAUCCGCAACAUUUCUAAAUUGGCAGCUUGAUAUAAUUUCAAAAAACGUCGGUGUUCUGUAAGCAAGUGCCGCACUGUAUAAGUCUAGUUUAUGUAACCCGCUUUCGGGGUGUAUAUAUUUGAAAGCUUAUUUAUAUAGUGGGGUUAUUGUAAAUUUUCCAUGAAAAUGUCUCAAAUAUCCGAUCUGAACAGUUGUUUAAAAAUGUACCAAGUGAUGUGGAAAUGUACGGACCUAGUUUGUACAGUGCACAGUGUACAUUGCAGAUGCUGAAUAAUUUAGGGUUGUGUAGAGGUCAACGUACAUUCUUCGUCAUUAUUGUUUUGUAAAUAUAUUGAAGCUGCAAUAUAAGAAGUGAAUGCCAAACAUGUCCGAUAUAAGUAAAACUCGCAAAUAAUUAAAAUACAUGUUACUUAUUUAUACUGUGCUGUUUGUGUGGGUGGUGCGCCACAGACAUUGUGAUAAGAAAUUAACUAAGAAGUCAUGUCUUAGUAGCAAAAAAAAACCGCAAAAUGUAUCGUUACUUUAUUGUUUAUGUACUUGUAUCUAUACUUUUAUUUUAUACAACGUUCACAGUUUUUUCUUUGGUAUAUCUACCGUUGUAAAUAAGUGUGUAUGAAUACACAGUAAAAGUUUUCAAAACCAA